AUGAAGUUGGAUGUCACAGAAGGCAUUAGACAGGAUUACAAUCUAUGCAGAUACACUUUCAUCGCUGACAAAGACUGGCACAACUUCUCCGGGGCGGACACCUUCAGCUUUGAUUUCUAUAAUAGAAACGAUGCGAGAGUUCCCACUGUAUACGUCUGGUCAAUAGAGAACGAAUCCUGCGAGAAUGUUACAAUGAGAAACGCGACUACUUAUGCAUGUGGCAACAACUCCGACUGCUACAAGUCUCCAGACGGUAUCGGAUAUCUCUGCAGAUGUCUGAAAGGCUAUCAAGGCAAUCCUUAUCUCGAAGAUGGAUGCCAAGAUAUAAAUGAAUGCUCCGAUCCAACCAAGAAUGACUGCUUGUCGUCAACGAUUUGCAUAAAUACGCCUGGGAGUUACAAUUGUUCUUGCCCACCUGGUACAGAAUGGGACGUAAGAAGAAACGGUGGUUGCGUUCCUCUUCCACCUUCACAGACAAAACUUCGGGUGAUUCAAGUCUCCAUAGGUAUAGCUUUAGGUAUGGUGUUGCUUUUUGCUAGUUAUUGGUUGUAUCAAAUUUGGAAGAAAAGACAAAUCAAAAUGCGCAAAGAAAAAUUCAUCAAAAGAAAUGGUGGUUUGUUAUUACAACAAGUCUCAUCAAAAGAAAGUAUUGUGGAGAAAAUAAAAGUUUUUACUGCAGAAGAAUUAGCAAAGGCUGCUGAUCGAUAUAAUGAGAAUAGAAUUCUUGGUCAAGGGGGACAAGGUACAGUUUAUAAAGGCAUGUUAUCAGAUGGAAGGAUUGUGGCAAUUAAGAAAUUCAAAAUAGUGGAUGAAAGUCAACUUGAACAAUUCAUUAAUGAGGUUAUCGUACUUUCCCAAAUCAAUCAUAGGAAUGUGAUUAAACUAUUGGGUUGUUGUUUAGAGACAGAAAUUCCUCUAUUAAUUUAUGAGUUCAUCUCUGGUGGAACACUUUACCAUAAUAUUCAUCAUGAAAAUGAAGAUUUUCCAUUGUCAUGGGAUGACCGCUUAAGAAUUGCUACAGAAGCUGCAGGAGCAAUUGCUUAA